AUGGCGACGGCCUAUGGAUCACUGGGGCAUGUCUGUGACACGACGACGGGGACGAAGCAGGGGCCCGACGAAUCCGGGCGACUCGCAACAAGGAUGGCAGAGGAGGAGCAGCGGGGACCCAAGCCGAUCCGGCCGGAGCCUGCCGGCAUCGACGCGGAUGAGCGCAAGACAGCGGAGGCGGGGAUGGCGCUGCGGAGCUCGGCCUCUGGGAUGCUGGCGAGGUCUCGGGCGCGAGGGAGAGGAGUGCUCGGGCGCUGCUACUGCUGGCGCUGGGGUGCGGAGGAGGAGCGGCAACGGAGUGUGAUGCAGGGAAGGCAGCCGAGGCGGACUUGGCAAUGCAGGGGAAAACAGAGGCCGGCGGGAGAGGUUCAAGGCGGCAGCGUCAUGGAGGAAGACCGGCGGGGACUGCAGGCUUGUAGGCGAACGGCGCUGGCGAGGCGGCGGCGGCUCUGGGAACUUGACGGGGCGCAGGGGUCCAGGAACAAAGUGAGGAGGCGAGGGGCGGCCAUGGCAUUCGACGGCUGCAUUCGGUUCCUGCGAGAGAGAGAACGGGAGGUAACAGAGAGAUGUGAGGCACGGGAAGAAGAAGAAAGGAAGAGAAAGGGCAGGGGCGCGAGGUCCGGCCUGGUCCGUCGGCAGCGGUCGCCAGAGGAGGGGAAAGGAGCGGGGCAGCGGGGAGCUGCUCGUGCUGCUCUGGCAGGGAGGUGGAGGCGCACAGGAGGCUCGGGGUCGAGCCUGUGCUCUCCAGAGCAAGGAGGUGGCGGGAUCAAGGGGAAGCUGCGGGAUGGAUGGAUUGGAUCGGGGGGAAUGAGGAGAUCCCGAGAAACAGCAGCAAGGGAGGCCGGCGAUGAGGGCUUGGGGAGGUCUGACCGCGGAGACGCGCCGGUGAUGCGGACGAGGCGAAGGACUCCGGCGGCGCUGGCCUCUGCAAAACGGCGGCGGCGGACACAAGUCAGAGAGAGAAGAAAAGGAGAAGGAAAGGAGAGGCAGGGCAUGGUGACGGCCUACGGAUCACUGGAGCAUGUCGGUGACACGGCGACGGGGACGAAGCAGGGGUCCGACGAAUCCGGGCGACUCGCAACAAGGACGGCAGAGGAGGAGCAGCGGGGACCCAAGCCGAUCCGGCCGGAGCCUGCCGGCGUCGACACAGACAAGCGCAAGACAGCGGAGGCGGGGAUGGCGCUGCGUAGCUCGGCCCUGGGAUGCUGGCGAGGUCUCGGGCGCGAGGGAGAGGAGCGCUCGGGCGCUGCUGCUGCUGGCGCUGGGGUGCGGAGGAGGCAGACGAGGCGGACUUUGCGAUGCAGGGGAAAACAGAGGCCGGCAGGAGAGGUACAAGGCGGUAGCGUCGUGGAGGAAGACCGGCGGGGACUGCGGGCUUGCAGGCGAACGGCGCUGGCGAGGCGGCGGUGGCUCUGGGAACUUGACGGGGCGCAGGGGUCCAGGAACAAAGUGAGGAGGCGAGGGGCGGCCAUGGCGUUCGACGGCUGCGUCCGGUUCUUGCGAGAGAGAGAACGAGAGGUAACAGAGAGAUGUGAGGCACGGGAAGAAGAAGAAAGGAAGAGAAAGGGCAGGGGCGCGAGGUCCGGCCUGGUCCGUCGGCAGCGGUCGCCGGAGGAGGGGAAAGGAGCGGGGCAGCGGGGAGCUGCUCGUGCUGCUCCGGCAGGGAGGUGGAGGCGCACGGGAGGCUCGGGGUCGAGCCUUUGCUCUCCCGAGCAAGGAGGCGGCGGGAUCGAGGGGAAGCUGCGGGAUGCAUGGAUUGGAUCGGGGGGGAAUGAGGAGAUCCCGAGGUGGGAGACGACAAGGUGGAGUGUGGCGGCGGGGAUUGGACAGGGGAGGAUCCCUAGAAAAUAG